UUCAGUUGAGCGUUAUUAUGAGUGAGACGCUUAAUCGAGUAGUUAAGAUCAACGGCAAUCCCUUUCUAAAAAAAGGACUGGUAACUAUACAAUUUAAAGGAAUUAUAGUAAAAGGAUUUGAAUAUGUAUCAAAUCUUCCUCUUCAAAUGGCAUUUUAUUUCAAUUCGUUAUUCGCACCAUUUUGGUUUAUUGGAACACUUAUUCCUCUAAUUUAUGAGUUUUAUCGCAUGACAUCUAUAUAUCAAGUUAUCAAUUGUGCGCUUUUGUCAAUUUGUUCGAUUUUAGAAAUUUUACGUUUAAUCCUUGGUAUGAUAGGAAAUUUAACUGAAAAGGUACCUGAAUUAGCUGGUUCGUGGCUUUUGACGUUGCUCUUGCAGUUACCAUCUAUUCUUUUUUUUCUUUUGAACGAAAAUAUGAUAAUAUCUUCAUUUGAACGUUCAAUACACCUAGUAGAAUUCUUCUUCGUCAGUUUUGAAGCAAUUUUGGGAUUCUUUGUCAUUAAACUUAUGGUUCAAAGCCAGGCGAUUAAAUUUCACACAAAAAUGCAUUUGGGUGAGAUAGCUUCUUAA